AUGAGUUAUUUUCCUUGGUUAACAAUACUUGUUGUUUUGCCGAUAUUUGCCGGUUCAUUAAUUUUCUUUUUACCUCAUAAGGGAAACAAAAUCGUUAGGUGGUAUACUAUAUCUAUUUGUUUAUUAGAAUUCCUUCUAAUGACUUAUGCGUUCUGUUAUCAUUUCCAACUGGAGGAUCCCUUAAUUCAAUUAAAGGAGGAUUAUAAAUGGAUAGAUGUCUUCGAUUUCCAUUGGAGAUUGGGAAUCGAUGGACUUUCAUUAGGAUCCAUUUUAUUGACAGGAUUUAUCACUACUUUAGCUACUUUAGCAGCUUGGCCAAUUACACGGAAUUCGCGAUUAUUCUAUUUCCUGAUGCUCGCAAUGUAUAGUGGUCAAAUAGGAUUAUUUUCUUCGCGAGACCUUUUACUUUUUUUUAUCAUGUGGGAGUUAGAAUUAAUUCCUGUUUACUUACUUUUAUCCAUGUGGGGGGGAAAGAGGCGUCUAUAUUCAGCUACAAAGUUUAUUUUGUAUACUGCAGGCGGUUCUAUUUUUUUCUUAAUCGGAGUUCUGGGUAUGGGCUUAUACGGUUCCAACGAACCAGGAUUAGAUUUGGAAAGAUUAAUUAAUCAAUCAUACCCCGCAACCUUGGAAAUACUUUUAUAUUUUGGCUUCCUUAUUGCUUAUGCUGUCAAAUUGCCGAUUAUACCCCUACAUACGUGGUUACCAGAUACCCAUGGGGAAGCACAUUAUAGUACAUGUAUGCUUUUAGCGGGAAUAUUAUUAAAGAUGGGAGCAUAUGGAUUGAUUCGGAUCAACAUGGAAUUGUUACCUCAUGCUCAUUAUCUAUUUUCGCCCUGGUUAGUAAUAAUAGGAGCUAUCCAAAUAAUCUAUGCAGCUUCAACUUCUCUUGGUCAACGAAAUUUCAAAAAAAGAAUAGCUUAUUCCUCUGUAUCUCACAUGGGUUUCAUAAUUAUAGGAAUUGGUUCCAUAACCAACAUUGGACUCAAUGGAGCUAUUUUACAAAUAUUAUCCCAUGGAUUUAUUGGUGCUACACUUUUUUUCUUGGCAGGAACCGCUUCUGAUAGAAUGCGUCUUGUUUAUCUCGAAGAACUGGGAGGAAUAUCUAUCCCAAUGCCUAAAAUUUUUACCAUGUUUAGUAGCUUUUCAAUGGCUUCUCUUGCCUUACCAGGAAUGAGUGGUUUUGUCGCAGAAUUAGUAGUAUUUUUUGGACUAAUUACUAGUCCAAAAUUUUUGUUAAUGCCAAAAGCACUAAUUACUUUUGUAAUGGCAAUUGGAAUGAUAUUAACUCCUAUUUAUUUAUUAUCUAUGUUACGCCAGAUGUUCUAUGGAUACAAGCUAUUUAAUGUUCCAAACGCAAAUUUUGUGGAUUCUGGACCACGAGAACUCUUUAUUUUAAUCUGUAUCUUUUUACCAGUAAUAGGAAUUGGUAUUUAUCCAGAUUUUGUUCUCUCCCUAUCCGUUGACAGGGUAGAGGCUCUCUUAUCCAAUUAUUAUCCUAAAUAG